UCCAAACUGCCUAUUCGACUUUCCCAGGUGUGUGUGAGAGCCAACUUCAACAAGAAUUCACCACCACCCCACCACCCCACCCCAUUCCACCCAAUUGCUAUUCCUCCUCCGCCCUCUCUAUCGAAUCCCGGGAAUAUCUGAUAGAGUGAAGAGAGAGUGACCACGAACCCCCUCGAGUCUCCGCCUCCCCCCGACCCAGAGAAACAGACACCCACACAACAACCACCGCGCAAACCCGGGCCGCAAUGGCCACCACCGCAGCCACCAAUGCAGCAGUCCCCAAGCGCGGCACGAUGAAGAAGAUCUUGCAACCGAUCCAGAAGGUCCUGGACCCGACCAAGAUGGGCACAUGGAACGUCGUGCGUCGGCCUCCGAUCGACGAGAACACCGUCAUCCAGGGUCGGCGCCGCGACGCGCAGUCGAACGCCUUCAAGACACAUCAGGUGUUGGAGGGCACGCGGUUACGCAAGGCCCUGAACUCCCUGACCCACGGCAAGAACAUCUUCGUCUAUCACAACAUGCGGACCAACCAGGUGGUAUACUCGUUGACGAGAUAUUUGGAUAAAAACAGCGUCCUCCGCCAAUUGGUCUACCACGGCAAGAAGACGGUGCCCGCGACCCUCCGCAAAGACAUGUGGGUGCCGUACUACAGCGUGCACUUCACGAGCGCGCAGCUCGGCCUGCGGGCGUACCACCUGCUGCGCGAGUUCGCGAUGCAGCGGCAGCUGGCCCCGCCCCGCGAGAUGAUCACCAUCACGGAGGAGUGGCUGGCGCAGAAGCGGCCGCGCGACCCGCACAAGGCCGAGGAGUUCGACAAGGAGUGGGCCGACAAGAAGGGGUGGCUGAUGAAGCCCAAGGACCGCGCCCGCAUCGUCAUGAAUCAGAAGGCCACCUCCGUGGCCGACGUCGCCGCCGUCCUGGACAUCCAGGCCGAGGAGAUCGCCAACGGCUUCGCCAGCGGCCAGCGCGGCUACCUCAGCAAGGCCGCCCGCCGCCGCCGCCGCCAGGCCCGCGUCAAGGAGGCCGCCGUCGCCGCCGCCCAGGCCACGCGCGUCGCCGCCUUCGAGAAGGUCCUGAGCAAGCCCCAGAUCGACUACAAGAUCCAGGAGGUCGUCGAGGACGACGCCGCCACCGCCGCCCUGCUGCAGGCCGAGAACGGCGUCAAGAUCCUCUGGACCGAUCUCCACGAUGCCCAGUUCGCCGCCCAGUGGCCGGACCGCGUCCGCCACGGCGAGUUGGAUCUCACCCGCGACCAUGUCAUGCCCGGCCAGAAGCGCAUCCACAGCGGCGACAUCGAGAUUCUGGCCGACAACGCCUUUAAGGAGAAGGGCGUCGAGGCCGAGGCCGAGACCGUCCCUGAGAAGAACUAA